CUUGUUGCUUGUUCAAAUUUGUACUGAUAGAUGUCGCUAGCUCUGGUCGGCUUGUUUUGUUUCCGCAGCUAUUGUCACAAUAGUCAUGGCGCUCGCUCGAAAUGUCAGCGAGGUAGCGAAUUAGUGUAUGUGAUUUGUUGGUUUAUCCUGUAUGAUGUAGCCGUAUUUGAUGUGUUCCGAGUGUGAAGGGAGCGAGCGCCGGCGGCGCGAUGUCAAUAGCUGAAGGUAAUGCGACCGGCCACGAAAGGAAAACAGCACCCGGAGAGGAUAGCACGGAUAGUGACAAUGAAGCUGAGAGAAAAGCUCUUCUACGCAGGAUAUCCACCAGCAAAUGUGUCGGCAGACUGCCGGUCGUGAAGGAGGGUUACUUGAUGAAGCAGACACGAAGCUUCCAGCGAUGGCAGCGACGUUACUUCAAACUGCGAGGUCGGACCCUCUACUACGCCAAAAAGAAAGACAGUCAACUUUGGGACGAGUUCGAACUAGAAGACGCGACGUAUGCGGAGUGUAGCACAAACAACGCGCAGAACAGCUUCCAGGUAAUAACACCGAGCCGGUGUCUGGUGUUGUGUGCAGCCAGCCGCGGCAUCAUGGAGUCCUGGGCCACUGCGCUUCGUGGAGCUCUACAUCGUGGCGCAGAAGUCGCGGACCUGGUCGCCAGUCUGUCAUCGGGGGAUCAUCAUUGGUAUGCGGCGACACACGCGAGGCCCACCUUCUGUAAUGUAUGCCGUGAGCCACUCGGUGCUCUGGGAACAGCGCAUGCUCUCGCCUGUGAACUCUGCAAAUUCAAGGCACACAAGAGAUGUGCAGCGCGGGCGCCGCCUUCUUGCAAGUGGAGCACGCUCGCCUCACUCGGACCACACCUCGUUGAAGAUGCUGACGGGAACAUUAUAAUGCCUCAUCAGUGGCUGGAAGGCAAUCUGCCGGUUGCUGCAAAAUGCGAUACAUGCGAGAAGACUUGCGGUUCUGUGCUCAGACUACAAGACUUCCGUUGCAUCUGGUGUCGCAAAUGUGUCCACGCGAGCUGCAGACCGAGCUGGCGAGCCCCUUGCUCCUUAGGUCCUGCCCGCGCGUCCGUCGUACCACCGACACGUCUACACUCUGUGGGCCCCGACGACGGCUGGCUACCAGACAGACCGCCGAACGCCUCACCGCUCAUUGUAUUUGUUAACUCUAGAUCUGGUGACAACCAAGGGGUGAAAUUCCUCCGUCGUUUCAAGCAGCUGUUGAACCCGGCCCAGGUGUUCGAGCUGAGUGGUGCCGGUCCGCGCCUGGGCCUGCGUUUGUUUAGACACUUCGCGCCUUUGAGGGUAUUGGUGUGUAGCGGAGACGGCUCCGUGGGGUGGGUGCUUCAAGAAGUCGACAAACUUGAUAUGCAUCGACAGGUUCAGACAGCUGUGCUACCGCUGGGUACUGGUAACGAUCUGGCGCGGGUGUUGGGUUGGGGCGCCUCCUGUGAUGAUGCUGCCAACCUUCAGCAGCUUCUUGAAAGAUACGAACGAGCCUCAACCAAGAUGCUCGACCGAUGGUCGAUAAUGACAUUCGAGCGCGCCCUGUCAGCGCCUCCGCCACCUCCGGCACCACCAGACCUGCUAGAUGAAGGCCCGCUUCUGAAAAAUCUACAAGAAAUCGUGCAGGCGGGUGAGUGUGGUGAGAGUGAGUGUAGUAGUGCCCGCGCGUCGCUCAGGGCGGGCUGCUCUCGUAUAGCGGCGGCCGGGGAGCGGGCGGGCGGCGGCGCAGCACGAGCUGCUCACAGGCUGAGACGAGCGCUGUCCUUACUGCUGCAUGCCAGGACUCACCUGGCUCACGACCAUGCUCGAUGCGACACGUGGGAACCGAUGGACGGGAGCGACAGCGAACCUGAAGCAGCUGAGAAGGGCAUCAUAGAGAAGACUGAAAAGGAGCAGCUGAACUGGGCAGCGCGGGGCUGUGCGUUGGCAGGUCGAGCUGACAGCGUGCGGCGAGCUUUAAGAUCACUCCUACGAACCUUGGCACUGUUGCAACCGCCACAGGUGUCGAGUACGUCAGAGGGCGCAUUGCCGGUGCCUCGCGCCUUCGCUGAUAGUCGCCGGUCAUCUGCCGCUUCUGCUGUCUCCGCCGCCUCAAUGCAGCCCGAAAACAUUCCAGAUGUAGAUGAAGACAUAGCUAAGUUAAUAAGUUCAAAUCCAGCGGAUGUGGACAGCUUGGAUAUCAAUAAACGAGAGCGGAGUAAGACCAGCUCGAUCUCGCCCUCUCUGCUCUCGUCGUGUGACACCAGCUCGUGCAAGAACCUCUUGAGGCCGGACGUGGAGCGCACCAGCGGCACGUACAACAGCAGCACCCUGACCAUACCCAACCUAGUCAUCUCGGACGACAGUGAUAGGAGAGAUUCGUUAAUACAGGGAGAAACUUAUGAAUCGGACCAAUUGACCAUCAUAGACAUCGACAGACCGUACACGGACGACGUCCACUUCGACGAUAUAAACGAGCGGUUGACGCCCGGCAGUGGCGACUGCACACCGGACAGGAAGCUAUCCUGCGCCGACCUAGAUGUAGACGGAACCACCUCCGAAGGUUCCAAUAUCAGUGAUGAUUUCAGCUUAAUAUCCGAAAUCAUAGAUACGAAGCCGGAAGACAUCGAGGAGGGGACUGGAAUAGGACAUAUUGACUCUCCAGAGGCGUCUGAGACGUAUAUGAACUCAGAGACUAUUCACGGCGAGUCGAUUAUGGACGACAUUAGUUCAAUGCUGGGGCAAGAAGUUCUGUUAGCGAUGAUGGGUAAGAAUGGCGAAAACGAAACCUAUACUGACGACACGACCCUGUUCACCUCGGACACGGUAUCCGACAUACCCAUGGACAGUAGGAAUCCUAGUCUUGAAAAACACAAAGAGGGGAAAAUUAAAUACAUAUCCAAAAUAAAAAAGCCGAUUGAGAGCGAUGUGGAAAAGUUCGGUUACGAAAACAGAGUGUUUUACAUCGAGAACGCAGCUAAGGCAGAGGAACAGGUGAAGUAUUGCAGUCUGGCGCAUUUCGAAGAAGGUAGUGACAUCGCUAGGAAAUCGUUUCGAAAACAACUACGGAAGAGUGUGAAAAAGAGGGUCGCAGAUGAACCCGGCUUAAAACAUCUCUUAACUAAGACAGCGGAGGAAGUUUCGAGGGAAGACGGAAUCGCUAAUGAAGAUAUGAAAUCUGAGCUACGACAGCAAGUGCCAGCAUUUCCUCAAGUCAGCGUAGUAGUGGAACCGCCGUCGCCAUCCCACAGCGAAGAUAGGAGUUUGAAGACUUGUCAGAGCCGAAUGGCAUCAGUUCUUAGUGACAUUUUUGAAGGAACAGAUACACUGAGCGUCCAUUCCCCAGAACCAACUAUUCGGGAAAGAGAAAGACGUCAAUCGGAUAACCCAAAACUGCUGGCAGAUUCUGAGUACGGUCAGUUCCUAAGCUGCUCUCCCGCAGCUACGCGACGAAUAUCAUGCGGGAGCCUCUUCAAGCCCGGUGAACCCGAUAACAGGUUAUCCACAUCAGUGUCAUCGAUCUGGGGGGAGAGUGGUGCCGGGGGCGGGGGCGGAAGUAUUACUAAAUCGGAAUCCAGCGAUCGCGCUAAAAAACUACCGAUCAUCAAUCCCUUAGUGCAGCUGCCUGCCUGGCCUCAUGUGACGCAGGGAUUUAUAAGCCAAUGUCUGCUAGCAAACGCGGACGCCCUUUGUGCGGCGGUCAGCCCCCUGAUGGACCCGGAUGAGACAGUUCUAGAAGGUUUUUAUGAAAGAGCUGUCAUGAACAACUACUUCGGUAUUGGUAUAGAUGCGAAAAUUACUCUCGACUUUCACAACAAACGAGAAGAACAUCCGGAGAAAUGUAGAUCCAGAGCCAGGAACUAUAUGUGGUACGGAGUGCUCGGCUCCAAGGAGUGGGUUAACAAAACUUACAGACAUCUGGGUCAACGCGUUCAGCUGGAAUGCGACGGCCAGAGAAUCCCACUUCCGGAACUUCAGGGUAUAGUUGUGCUGAAUAUUCCUUCUUUUAUGGGAGGAACCAACUUUUGGGGUGGCACGAGGGGAGACGAUUUGUUCCUAGCUCCAUCGUUCGAUGAUAGAAUUCUUGAAGUGGUGGCGGUGUUCGGGUCGGCUCAGAUGGCAGCGUCUCGUCUCAUCAACCUUCAGAAGCACCGCAUCGCCCAGUGCCGCGCGGUCCAGAUCAACAUCCUCGGCGACGAGGGAGUUCCCGUGCAGGUGGACGGCGAGGCCUGGCUCCAGCCGCCCGGCUGCGUCCGCAUCAUACACAGGAACAGAGCCCAGAUGCUGUGUCGAUCACGGGCGCUGGAGACGAGUCUUAGAACUUGGGAUGAGAAGCAACAGCAGAAGGUGUCAACGCUGGGGCCGACGAAGGCGCUGUCGCCGGCGGAGGCGGCCCACCUGCUGGUGCUGCUCGACGACAUCAACACUAUCGUCAAACACGUGAAGCUGUCCUGCAUCAGCACCGAGGGCGCGAGCGCGGCGCUGUCAGUGGCUCGGCGCGUGUCGUCGCAAGCGGACGCGCUGCAAGACGCCGACGGGCACUUACUGCCGGCGCCGCAACUCCGGCGCAUGCUCGCUACUUUGCUGGAGAGCUGUCAUGAGUUACUGGAGGGCGCGCCUACAGGGACAGCGGCCGGGGCGCUGAGGGCGCAUUUGACGAGAUGCUCCGUGAGGGAUGGACUCGCGUAUAUUAAUACGGAAGAGGCUCCAAAAAAAGGCAGCAGGUGGCUGCGAGGGCGUCGGAGCGUGUCCGAGGGCGGGGCCACAUCCAGUCAAACGCCAGCGCAGGUCCGGGCCUGGGGCAUCAAGGAGGUCCAGGUCUGGCUGGAGUCUCUGCAGCUCGGCGAGUAUUCCGAGGCGUUCGCGAAGCAUGACGUCACCGGGCGCGAGCUGCUCUCGCUGGCGAGGAGGGACCUGCGGGACCUCGGCGUCACCAAGGUGGGCCACGUCAAGAGGAUCCUGCAAGCGGUCAAGGAGCUCCAGUGACGACGACGUGGUCGCUCCGAAGGGAACGGCCACGUAUAACUCGUGAAGCGUCACAACUCAUCACGGACCUCUGGACCAAGGCUGCCUGCACAGUGUAUAUUGUAUACAUUUUUUUCUCGUAACUAGAAUAUCUUAAGAUUUGAAAGUAUCGGAUGACGAAAGGACGCAAGAUUUAUUGAAACUACCACAAGGUUACUCACGGCACCCUCGGAUUUUAUAUUUUUAAUGUAACCGUCACUUGUCCUGGUCGGAUCUCCCAGACGUUGCGGACAGGUUUAAGCAAUAACUCUAGGUUAUGCGGCGAGGCGCGCUGCAUCUCGUCACUAUGCUAUGAAGAGCUGGUACAAUAGAAUAUAUUUGGCAGCUGACGGUCAUUUCUCUCCACUUGUCUCGUGGCACAUCGAAGUUUCUACCUCUCUCACUCUAAGUUCCUCUGCCAACGAAAUUUAAAUCUCUUCUUGUGUUUCUAUCCAAUGUACAUGAUCUGACGUGUACAAUUUAACGUAAGUAUAGCAGCUGAUGACGUCACAGGAACCAUGAAAGGAGCGCGCGCAAAGAAAAUACAUAAGAUAUAGAGAUGAAACGAAUUAAAUAGGGAUCAGUAUGGCGAAUUUACUAGCUAAUUUACCUACUUAUAACUUACACUUUAUUCACUUAAAUAUCUUAUUAAUCUGAUAAUCAAUCUCAAAACGAUACUGAUUGUAGACUUAGAGGUAAGAAUCCAAAUACUCUGACGGCGAAAGUACGGAGUACGGACGAACUGUCAUUAACAGCACAGAGUGUUACAAUGAUAAAUAUAAAAAUAAUUUAAAAGAAAUAAUAAUAAUUGAACGUCAGUCGACCUUUGAAACAUAAAGCAAUAAAAUAUAACGGUUUUUAGAUUAAAAGCUUGGAAUCUUUUAGACGUUUCGUAAGUAUUUAAAUCUAGUCCAAUACUUAAAGUCUCCCAUUACGCUUACAGCGAUUCAUUUGCUUGUCGAAUGACGACACGGAUAGCGGCAUUCGUAUGGCAAAUGAAUGGCGAAGUAUUUGAUAGUAAAUAUAGUUGAGAAUAUAGAUAUAUACAUAGAUUACUCUGUGAUGAGGAGUUAUACCUUUCAUUUGUUCUUCGUAAUCUACUGCUAGAUGACUAGAUGUUUAAAAUAGGAAUAGUCUAGGAGUAUACAGAUCGAAAAUCUCUAAUCAGCAGAACGAAAAAACACGUUUAGGUUUAGAUGAUAACUGGAUAAUGAAUUCGAAAUGUUGUUCCACAUGUUACGUAAUAUGUAAUACGUACAAUACUUGUUUAUUCAUAUUAUCCUAUAUAAUUUAUUCUCGAUUUAAAAAGAAAAGUAACAAAAAAAUCGUUUCUAAUGAUUCCUUAACUAGCGAAUAGUUAAACGUUAGUAUUAGAUCGUUUACGUACAUCUGUUAGAUAGUUUAGGUGAUUUGUUUCAAUAUGUUUCGUGUUGUAAGACCGUCGUUGAUAGUGAUUGAAAACAUUUUUACUAUCGAGAGAGCUCCUCCCUUGGAUUUAUCGAUUUUGGUUUAUAGAAACCGGUAGACAAUCACUAGUAGGUGUCUUAAUCGCAAUUUAAUAUUCUAAAUAUAAAUAAGCAAUUCGAUGACAUGCGAUCUAUCGUUCUGAUGUCAUGUAAUAAAUAUUCUUUAUAUAAAAUGUGAUCUUUGUAUUAUGUCUAGAUAUAUAGGGACCGCGUUGGAUGCAUACACAACAUAUAUAGAAUAAUAAUAUUACGACAUUCGGCACUGUAAAACAGCACAAUGGCUGCGAACAAUGUUGCCAGCACAUUGAGUCUUUAAAACUUGAUUUUCUGUACAAGCUUCUUCUAAGCUGUAUAACAUGUGAUAUUUAUUCCCUUUGUGUAUUUCAAGUCAAUUCCAAUGCGGUCGCUCUUCCUUAAAGGAUCUGCCUUAUAGGUGUUUUUAUAAAUGUACCUCCGAGUUAUUUCUAUUUAUACGUACUCGCGUGUGAUGUGUGUGAGUUGAGGCGUGUGUCUACAAUAUUUAUAUUCUUAUAUUAGUCGUAACUACGGAUGAGUCGUGUGGAGUUAACAAUAUACUUAGAAGUUAAACACUCUCCCGCACACUGCGGUCUAAUUGCCUUAGAAAUCUAGACCUAUUUUAUCAUAUACUACUUUCUUAAAAUCGAAAUAUUAAUAUAAUAGAAUAAUUGAAAAUGUCAUUUUGUUUUCAUCAUACCUUCAUGUCAUUUCGUACUCGUUGGUUCGCUGUGUGAUUUAAACAUUUAGUAAUUUUUAAACCUCAUAGAUCCUUGAAACGAUUAAUAAGGGUGUUUUUACUUAUAAAGUGUUGGAUGUUAUAUGACUGUAUGCGAGACUGUUGUUCCCGUGUUGUUUGGAAUUUUUAAUGAUAAUCUAGUUUCCUUUUUUAUUACAACUUACUCAGCUAUGAUUUUUUUACAGUAUUAUUAUUCAUUUAGCAUUUUGUUUGUACUAAAUUAAGUUAUCGUAUAAAUGUUGCCAUAUCAAUUGUCUAAGUAAUCUAUUCGUGAUAUUAUUUAUUUUUAUAUAUUUAUAAGUAGCAAUAAUUUUAUUUUAUAAUAAAUUCAGUUGGUCAUUACAGCGUUUGAUUAAAAAUGUGUUAAAAUUGAUGUUUAUAACUAGUCUAUAUUUUAGGGCAUUGUAAAUUUGGUACUGAACGGGGCAGAGAUUACUUAACAGUUUUCAAUAGCAACAUUUUUUGGCCUAUUCUUGAUUUUAUAUUUAAAAUCUAAAUAUUUUACAUUCAUCAGUAACUUCAAUACCAAUUACAUAUAAAGGAAAAUGUUUUGCUGUUUAGUAUUUUCUUGUAAUUUUUACAUACAAAUUUCGUCAUAUAAGCCGUUCUGUUUAUUUAAUAAUUUUAAUUUUAGUGCUGCUCAAUGCUCAAUGUAAUAUAAGUUCGUGUGUGAAUGGAAUAUGUUUGUUGUAAAUUUAUUUAUAUUUCAGUCACUUUCACGGUUAUGAAUUAUUCGCUAAAUAAAGAUACCAGGUUUUUUAAAAAUCUAUAUUUUAAUUGUGGUAACAUUUCUAUUGGAAGACUAAAAGUAGUUUUACUAAGUACUUAAUAGAAUAGUUUGAAAUCUAAUUAUUUGAAAAUGUUUAUUAAUAAUGUCUGAAAUUCAUAUAUUAUAUUGUCAUUACGACACUGCAUUUCCAAAUUCAAUAAAUAAAUAUUUUUUAAUGUAAAUGAAAAUAAUAAUAACAUAAUUAUAAGGUUGGAAACACAAUGUCAAUAAGCCUCACAUUAUAUACGGUGCGUUAACAGUUUUUUUCAUUCAUAUACAACAUUAAAAUAUCAACGUCCAUUAUAAGGCUCAAAAGGACUCGUAUCCAGAGCCGUAAAAAACAUUUACAAAAAAAAACGUACAUUAUUGGAUAAGAAACGGCUAACGCUUCGUAUGUAUUGUGACAGUGUUAACUUGGAACGAGCGUACAGAUCGGCCGUUUGCAAUAUGCGAUUAUUAUUAACUUACCUAUGCAUUUUCGACUAUAUUAAUAUUUUAUUAGAAAUGCAGUGUAAUUCUAACUACCUUAUGUUUCAAGCAAAAAUAAAUCUUUAUCAAAUCAAAGUAAAUUUAUACUUUCUUUGACUUUUGACAUAUGUCAGUCUUUCAAUUUCAAAUUUUUGACGUAUUUUCGUUCAUUGAAACAUUGGUUCGUUGGUGACAUUUUGAAUUUAAUAGUCACCUGUCAUUGUGUAUUUUUCUCUCAACGUUUAUAUUUGGGAAUUCAAUAAAUUAUACUGUUACUCAUG